GCGUGUAUAGACUUCCAUCGUUAUAUAGUCCACAUCUAAACAUUUAUAAAUGCUCGAGACAGGAUGGUAGACGCGUGUCCUUCAGCAUCCUUCUUCCACCCAAAAAUAGUGGGAGAUUUAUUAGAAAUCCAUUGUAACAAAAUAUUCUUUCGAGCACAAAAAAUUAGGACAUUAUACAACUUACUUAUGUUUAUUUGGUAGACCAAGGAGAAGAGACACUGGAUUGAGAUCAAUGUUAGUUUUGAUAAUUUUCCUAGUCUCAACCAGAAUAGAUUCCCAGUAUAUCUGGAUCUUGGGGCAUGACCAAAGACAGUGUGUGAGGCUACCUUCAUGUAUUUUGCAUUUAGGGCACAGUGAAGAGGACCCCGGUUUAAACUUAAACUCCCGGUUUGGGGCCAAGUGAGCUCUAUGUAGUAAUUUAAGUUGCAACGUCCAGGAGCGAUUACAAAUGGUAAUUUUCCUGGCAGAGUUUCAGAUACUGCUCCACAUUUCAUCAGUAAUCUCAAUAUUCAGCUUUCCUCCCCAGGCCUGAGCCAGAGUUGAUAAGUGACAUUUAUGACUUUUUAAUGUUUUGUAGCACAUACCGAGUGAUACAUCACAAGUUCUGAAAAACAGUUUUUCAAUGCCCGAAACCUCAGUGUGCCUGGAUAGAGUCGUUUCUUUUUUAAUACAUUCUCUUAGCUGGAAGAAACGGGAGAGGUUAUUUCUCCCUACUACAAAGGCUUCCACAAUUUGAUUAAAAGACAUGAGGAUCCCCUCCUCAAAAAGACAGCCCAAAGAGGAAACACCCUUAGCCACCCAUUCCCCAAAACAUUGCAUCUACCAUACCCGGAAGAAAGUCGGGGUUCUGGACAAAGGGUGUAAAUGGGAAUGUUUUCCCAGUUUCAUAUUUUUAAGAAAACGUAGGCUUUUAAGAGGCCAGUCACAUAACGAGGCUUCUACAUCCAGCCACACUGUGGACGAAUUCCCAGAUAUCCACUCUCGGGCACAUAAUAUAAGAGAACUCAAUUGAUAUUUUUUUGAGGUCUGGAGAUCUAAGCCUCCCAUGUCUCUUGGUAGCUGUAAUGUGGACAUUUUUAUGAAUACCCUUCUUUACUCUGCCACUUAUUGAAACGCCCUCAUCGCACCAGCGUCAGCUUUACAUGUUCCCUGACCCACUGCUUGGCUCAUAGAGCCUUUUCUCAAGCACUCUACUAAUCUGGGCCUCUUAUAUGAGAAUAGAAAAAUGCCCUGGUGGCAAUUUUUCCUAAGCUACAUUGGGAACACAAACGAGAGGAUGUGAGAUCAAAAUUGAUCGUCUUGGCCUACAUGUAUAAUGCUAUGUACUAACACGUGACUGAACACGUCGUCCACAAAGUGAAACGUAGUAGUAGCAGAAUCAUGCAUGUCAGAAAACAGACGGCUGCCCUGUUAGAAACUAAGGUGUGAAUCUCCUCUAUCCAGCAGGAGAAUAACCUCUAAACACACCCUGAGGUACAGUUGAAUUACUUAGAUCAAGGCAUAUUUAUGUGUUGGAAUGGUGCAGCCAAGGUUUCUAUUGCUCCAGUAAAACACUGCUUAUUGUUGUUCUGUUACAUGAAAUCCCAUUAAAAUGCACUAAAUUUUGUGGCUGUUAUGUGACAAAAUGUGGAAAGGUCAAACGACUGCUUUUGGAAAUUCCCAAAAGAAGCCGUAGAUACAGCACUGAUUGUACUUGACAGUUCGGGGAACGGCUUCUGUUCGUCUCGUGACUAGAGUUGGAAACCUUUGCUCCUCGACAGUAAAAGUGGAAAUAAAGGCACAAGCACAAUGCUGUGCACAGCACUAUCAGUCAGGGAUAAGCUUACUGACUUUGAGCUCUGUCUGUGUUUCAUAUUGUGGGAGAAGAAACUGAAAGUUCUGAGAAUCCGGUAGGUUUUCUUUGAAAUGUGAUUUGAUUUUAAAAAAAAUGCUACACAUAUGCAAAUAAGCAGACAGAAAAGGCAAAACAGGUCUUGGAUUACAUGGGAAUUUCCUCUCCUCCUCUUUUUUUGUUGGGCUUGUCAUUGCACUUCCUCUGUCUACUCAUAAAACCCUUCCUCUUUUGUUUCACAACACGGUUCACUCAGUUUAGCUCAGGCUCUCUCCUGCCGCCUCCAUGCAGCAGGUUAUCAGUGUCUGGGUGCGAGACCCGCGGAUACAAAAGAAUGACUUCUGGCAUGCCUACAUGGACUAUGAGAUUUGUUUACAUACCAACAGUGUGUUCUUCACCAAGAAGACUUCAAGAGUGAGGAGGAGAUUCAGUGAGUUUGUGUGGCUCAGACAGAAAUUACAGGAAAAUUCUCUCCUACUCUUACAGCUACCACAGCUCCCACCCAAAAACCCCUUCUUCAGUCUGAACAAUGCCCAGCAGGUUGCAGAUCGGAUGAAAGGACUCCAGAGAUUUUUGGAAAAAAUCCUCCAGAGCAAUCUGGUGUUAUCCGACAGCUGCCUGCACCUUUUCCUUCAGUCCCAGCUGAGCAUUUCCAAAAUGGAGGCUUGUGUUGCCGGAAAGACCAGCUUCACCGUGGCCCAGGCUGUGCAGAGCUGCGGCCUGAGGAGAUUUCACUCAGAAGAGGACCUGCAGAGGGACCUCAGCGUGUGCUGUGACUCUGACUCAGAUAGCUCAGAGUCCAGAGAUCCAAGGCACGAGACAAAAGAGUUGACAUUAAACAAGUCAAGGAGUGCAGCCACCCUUGAUCUGAGGAGUACCUGCCAAGAGGAGAUGCACAGCUGCUCGCCUGGUUCUGUAUGAAAACUGAAAACUGCUGAAUGAGAGUUUGAGUCUGUUUACCCGAUGCACGUUCAUCUUUCUGGAUGUGAAAUGACCUUAAGAAAAGCAACUUGUUACCUUUCCCUGCAACCACUUUCACUGUUGUGUAAUUUGCACUGUCCUAAUUGGAAAGCCGGUUUCACAAAAUCAGUAAUUAUUUUAAUUUCAGCUUCUAUUUGUGUGCUGUGCAAACAUGGCUUGAAAACGUAUUCACACCACUACAACUUUUUCACAGUGUCUUAUAGUAUAACGUCAGACAUAAUUGAGAAUCUGCUGCAGAAUUUGAAAAAUAAUGUUCAUAAAUACUCUCCAUCCAACUUGACUUUACUUAGCUAUUUUGGGAAGAGAAAUGUUUAAAAGUAUCAAUUUGUCAAUGUGCAAAGCUCACUUUUCAGAUUCUUAUUUCUGAAAUAACUUAUUUUACUUCUAUGUGUCAACUAGAUCACUUAACUUUGUCGCCGAGAAUGACAAAAUGUGUGAAAAAGUUUAUUCGGGGGUAUGAAUGCUUUUGUAAAAUUAUCCAUAAUGUUUUGUUGUAUUGUAAUACUAUGCUGUGUGCCUGGUAGAAAAUGUGUAAUAAUGUUGCGCCUGUGGGUGGCAGUGUUGCCACAGUUUGUACAUUUACCUCUCUGGAAACAUGUGCUGUAACUGUGUGUUGUAGCUUUAUAAAUUAAUUUUGACAGAAACA